AUGGAUUCAACCUCGCAAGUGGAGUACUUGACAAUCGAAGUUAAUCAUACAUGUUCUUUUGUCCCCAAACCCAUUGUCUAUUUCAAUCCCGUAAAAGUGGUUGUUAGCAUUAAUGUCGAUUUCAGAAGCAUGAGUUUCAUGGAGUUCAUCUCAUAUGUAAAGAAGUUGGUAAAGGAUGGAAGAAUCACUGUCUACUGUUGUCUUCCACAACGUUCAAUGAGAGAUGGUUUGAGAGCUUUUGAAUAUGAAAAUGAUUACAUUAAUGCAGUUGAAUAUGCAAAUCUACUUGAUUACCACGUCCUAUUUGAUGCAGAAGUAGGUGAGGGACAUAGGGAUGUUGUGGAGGUUGGAGGUGAUGGAGAAGUAGGUGAGGGAUAUGGGGCUCAUAAGGAUGUUGGAGGUGAUGUAAAAGUUGGUGAGGAACAUGGGGUUGCUGAGGAUGGUGGUGAGGGACAUGCAUGUGUUGCUGAUUUAGAAGUGGGUGAUGAACAAGUGGAUGAUAUAGAAGUGGGUGAUGUUGGAGGCGUGAUUGAUUUGGUGAAUAUUGGGAAUCGACAUUUGGUUGCUCCUACUUUGAAAGGAGAAAGUGUGGUCCUUCUCAGAGGAACACAAAACUUAGGUUGA